UAAAAUGUUGACCUUACUUCUAUUUCUAACAGACACAGAGGUGGAAACUGAAAGGAGUACAGGUAAAGAAAAAAACAGCAAAAAAAAAAAAAUGGAUGUAAGUUUAUUUAAUCCUAGCGCGACGUAUGGUCAGCUUUUUGUUCAGUAUCGUAUUAGCGUAAUUUAAAGCAAUCAUUUCACUUGCUGCAAUACUAAAUUCAUGCAACUAAAGCUUCAUACGUUGAUAUCUAUUAAUAGAUUCGAAAAGAUGCCGUUAACAGCGAAUUAUAAAUACGUAGUUUAAAAAAAAAAAAUUGUUAUAAUUUAUUUUUUAUUUUUACAUAUUGUGGAGAAAUGAUGCACUUUGUUAGAGUGUGAAUGAAAGACAUGGACAGACAUGAUACAUUAUGAGUCUGAACGAAAGACAUGGACAGACAUGAUACAUUAUGAGUUUGAACUAAAAACAUGGACAGACAUGAUACAUUAUGAGUCUGAGCGAAAGACAUGGCCAGACAUGAUACAUUAUGAGUCUGAACGAAAGACAUGGACAGACAUGAUACAUUAUGAGUCUGAACAAAAGACAAGGACAGACAUGAUACAUUAUGAGUCUGAAGGAAAGACACGGACAGACAUGAUACAUUAUGAGUCUGAACGAAAGACAUGGCCAGACAUGAUACAUUAUGAGUCUGAACGAAAGACAUAGACAGACAUGGACGGUCAUGAAACAAUAUGAAUCUGAACGAAAGAUACAGACAGACAUGAUACAUUAUGAGUCUGAACGAAAGACAUGGACAGGCAUGAUACACUAUGAGUCUGAACGAAAGACACGGACAGACAUGAUACAUUAUGAGUCUGAACGAAAGACAUGGACAGACAUGAUACAUUUUGUUAAUCGAGUAAGAAUACCGUGGAUCCUUGGGAAAACUAUGUCAAUUCUAAACAUCUAGAACUUGAAGAUUUAUGUAAAAUUUACCUUUUAGGGGGGGGGGGGGGGGGGUGGGACAGGGAGAAAGGUGUUGUGUGAGGGGAGGGGGGGGGGGCACAGAAGGGGCAAAGAGAAAGUUGAAGAGACCGUUCGGGACCAGCCCGUGCCGUUAUUUCGACAGGAUUACGGAAGUUUGAUGUUUGGUUGUUGAUUGGAGACAGUCGAAUGCAUGUAGAAAUUCUAAUGGGUAUUGCUCAAAUGUAUCUGAUUUAAUUAUUUUGAGCGACAUUGGCAUAGACUACCUGUUUUUAGACCUAGUCAAAAUGUAAAGUUAUCUCAACCAGCUAGUUAGGUUCCAUAUUUGUUAAAAAUUCGUAGACCGUAUGCUUUGCCAGGACAUUUCACUUCAUUUAUAUAUGUAUAUUUAUGUAUGUAUAUAUGUAUGUACGUAUAUAUAAAAAUUUAUAUAAAUAUAUGUAUGGCAUCUUUCCGUCUGCGGGAGACGAUAGAUUACCUUUAUUGCUUGCAGCUCUUGGUGUGGCUGGUGAGGCUAAUCCUCGAAUGGCAGUCUCUGUUACAUUUCUCACACACGAAUGAGGUGGAGCAGUAUUUACCGGCCUUCCUCCUCGCUCUUUUUGCAGCUGUUUCCGCCCUGUUUUGCUCCUCGGCAUGUAGUGAUCCUACCUUCACGAUGUCCCGCCAUGAGGAUCGAUCCUCUGCCAGCUCCUCCCAUGAGUUUGAGAUGUCGAUGUUGGCCGACUUCAUGUCUCUUUUGCAUAUGUCUAAGUAUCUGAGACGAGGCCGUCCAACUGACCUUUUCCCUGUCGCUGUAUAGCAUGUCCUUUGGUAUGCGACCAGAUUGCAUUCGCUUGACGUGUCCAAGCCAGCGGAGGCGUCUUUGGAUUAACAUGGCUGGGACGCUACACAUGUUUGUUUGGGACAGGACAUCCGUGUUGGGGACUUUGUCUUGCCAUUUAAUGUCAAGGAUGUGGCGCAGGCAUCUGAGGUGGAAGCCAUUGAGCCUUCUUUCGUGGUUAGAGUAUGUGGUCCACGACUCGCAUCCAUACAGAAGUGUGCUCAGUACGCAGGCCUGGUACACCUGCAGCUUAGUUCUUGUUGUGAGUCUGGCGUUUGACCAGACUCUUUUCCGAUAUAUUGAUAUAUAUAUGUUACAUAUUUACUGGUUGGUAAUGGUUAAAUUAGAAAUUAUUCUGUUUGUAAUUCACUUUGGAGUAGGCCAGAAAUUGAAACGAACAGCAUAGUGUAACUGUUUCCUAUGAAAUCAGACGUCUUAAACUUGGCACUUUUACUGAAUAUUUGUGUGCGAUGCCCCGCAGGGACGUGGCGGGGGCGCUGUCAGUGCACACAUUUUUCAAGUCCUCAAAAAAUUUCAUCAGAAAAAAAGCAAAUACGUUAAUGAAAGUGUUUUUUCCCCGACCACUCCGCCGACCACUCAGCCGACCACUCCACCGACCACUCCGCCGACCACUCCGCCGACCACCCCGCCGACCACUCCACCGACCACUCCGCCGACCACUGGCCUAUAGGCCUACCGGUACCAGAGAACGAGAGUUUUAAUUCAAGGUGUCCCCAGUUUAAUAAGUGUUGCUAUGGCGGCCAGCCUACGUUAGUAGGCAGAUGGAUUUUUCUUGUAAGCUUCUAGAAAACUUAGAAAUCAAUUUUUUGUGUAGAAAAUGACAUACGUUUGCAGCCCACAAAACAUAAACAAUAACAAUUGCCUAAAUAAUAAGAGUCGAGUUAUAAAACCCCGUGAAUCAAGAAGCAAAAGUAUGUCGAAUCCACCGACCCUAUGCCUUUUUUAAUUUUUGAGACAGAUAUAGGGAUCAUGGUGAGGGCUGUGUGAAAAAAAAAAAGGGGGGGGGGGGGUCACUCGCCCCGAACGCUAACAUCAGGGGGCAUUAAUAUUGAAUUGAACGAUAAUACACCAUGCACUCAACUUAGACAAAGGGCGCUAUGAGUUUCGGAUUCUUUCAUCCAUCUCUGUGGCGCUACAGCCCAUGUAGGGCUUUGGCCUGCCUCACCACUUCCUUCCACUCAGACCUAACUAAUGCCUUUCUUUUCCAUGCUUGGACUUUCAGCUGUUGUAGAUCUUUUUCAACAUCAUACAUCCACCUAAGCCUAGGUCUGCCUUUGAGCCUUUUUCCUCUGGGGUAUUGGUGAUGCACCCUCUUCGUUCCUCUGUCAUUUGGCAUUCUCUCUAGGUGUCCUGCCCAGCGUAGCCUGCCUCUUUUUAUUUCUGCUACUAUCGUGGGACCCUGAUAUAGACUGUACAAUUCAUGGUUGGUUCGUAUUCUCCAUCCAUAUUCAUCCUUUGUUGGUCCAUAUAUUUUCCUGAAAACUUUCCUCUCCCAUGUGUUGAAUAGGUUUUCUGUCUUUUUUGUUAGGGUCCAAGUUUCACUUGUAUAUGUUACUACUGGUCUGAUUACAGUGUUAUAAAUAGUUUUCUUUGUUUCUCUUGUAAUGUUUUUACUUUUGAGUAUUUUCUGACUCCUGAAGUAUGCCCUGUUUCCGGCUGAUAUUCUUUCUUUUAUUUCUGUUAGUAAUUCGUUUCUUUCAUUUAACAAGGAUCCUAGGUAUUUGAAUUGAUUUACUUUUUCAAAAGUCUGGUUUCUAAUUUUAAUUGCUUCAUCUGUUUGUUCCUCUCUUAUCAUGGUCAUGUAUUUUGUUUUUUGGUUGUUAACUUCCAGCCCUGCUUGUAAUGAUGCGUCUUCUAAUUCAAUGAAGGAUUUUGAUAUGUCUUUAACACUUUUCCCUAGCAGUUCUAUGUCAUCAGCAUAUGCAACAUACUGAAAUGGUUGGUUGUAGAGUGUGCCCGUUGGUUGUGGGUCUUGAGUUUCCCUCAGAAAGUAUACUGUUAUCGUUCCUCGAGUGUCAAUGUGUAUGUUUCUCAUAACUCUCUCUAAUGUUAGGUUAAAAAGCAUACACGACAGUGAGUCUCCUUAUCUUAGGCCUCGUCUAAUCUGAAAUUCCCUUGAAUAUUCUCCUUGAAUCUUGAUUUUUGCUUUUAGAGUUGUUUUGUGUUACAUGUAUUAGUCUGUAAGUUUGUUGGGUAUCCCAAACUCCUGCAGAGUCUCAUAUCGAUAUUUUCUUUUGACGCUGUCAUAGGCCAUUUUAUAGUCCACAUAGAGUUGAUGUACUGGUAUAUUAUAUUCAUAGCAUUUUUCUAAUAGACAUCUGAUGGUGAAAAUCUGAUCAGUCGUUGAUCUGUUAGACCUGAAUCCACAUUGGUAAUCACCUGGUAUUUCUUCAGUGUAAGGUUGUAGUCUUUUGGCAAUAAGCUUCGUCAGUAUUUUGUAUGUAACAUUUAAAAGGGAGAUUCCUCUGUAGUUUCUGCACUGAAGUUUGGAGCCUUUCUUGUGUAUUGGGGUUAUUAAUGCUGUUUCCCAUUCUGUUUGGAUUUUCUCUUCUUGCCAAAUUUUAGUUAAAAGUUUAUAUAUUAUAUAUCUGAGUGUGUAGUUCUUUUCCUCCAUAUUUAAUAAGUUCUGCUGUGAUGAGGUCUUGUCCGGGGGGUUUGUGGAUUUUCAUGUAAUUAAUUACCUCUUUGGUUUUCUCUAGGGUUGGGCAUUGUAUAAACGGGUCUGGUCCUCCCUGUGGGAGUUGAUAAUCUUCUUCUUGUCUAUUGUCUGCAUUCAGUAUGUCCUCAAAAUAUUCAGCCAAGCUCACCAGUACUUUACUAUUUUCCGUGAUUAAUUCUCCAUUGGGGCUCUCACACAUUUGCGGUCUGGCUUGGUAUCCAUUCUUUUCAUCUUUUAUCUUCAUGUAAAUUCCUCUUAUAUUUCCCUCUUUUGAUAAAUCUUCUAUUUCCUUUAGUUUAGCUUUUCCCCAUUUUGGAUUCUUUACAGGGCUCUAAUUCUAGCUUGAAAUCGCUCAAGAAAUGAUUAAAAAGCACAUGUUUCUAACAAUAAUUAAUUUGUAACUAAAAAGGGGUUCGUUUUCAAAAAAAGGAAUAUUAAUGCAUGUUUGUCUUACUAUGUAUUGUUGACUUUUGGAAAUAAAAGAAAACAACAAUUCAUAAUAAAAAGAUCGUUUGACACGUGAAUAUCUUGGGAUAGUCGAGUUACAAAAGCAUAGGUUUCCAGCCCCUUCAAAUGGUGUCGCAAAGGGUUUCUUUGGGGUCGCCGGCUGACUCAACACGACUAAAAGAAGAAGCGAUUUUUAAAGAGUUUCUUUUCAAUGGUGUCUUAAAUUUUGAGUUACAAUUUCAAUCAUGACAUUAAAUAUAUCGCCAAUUACAUUAUGCUAGAACAUUACGUUUUAAGAUGUUUUCAUUUCCAAGAAUUAACCCUAUACAAUUUUUAAAAAAUAAUAAAAUAAAAGCAACAACCCUCCUUAACUAAAUAUUGUGGUUGGGACAGUUUGCUUCUCUGUGAACGUGGUCGUGACUUGACAACGCUUGGAAAUGUAGGCCUACUAGAGCUACUCAGACCUACUAGAGCUACUCAGGCCUACGAGAGCUACUCAGGCCUACGAGAGCGACUCAGGCCUGCUAGAGCUACUGAGGCCUACUAGAGCCACUCAGGCCUACUAGAGCCACUCAGGUCUACUAGAGCCACACAGGCCUAAUAGAGCUACCGAGGCCUACUAGAGCCACUCAGACCUACUAGAGCUACUGAGGCCUACUAGAGCCACUCAGGCCUACUAGAGCUACUCAGACCUACUAGAGCUACUCAAGCCUACGAGAGCUACUCAGGCCUACGAGAGCCACUCAGGCCUGCUAGAGCUACUGAUGCCUACUAGAGCCACUCAGGUCUACUAGAGCCACUCAGGUCUACUAGAGCCACUCAGGUCUACUUGAGCCACUCAGGCCUACUAGAGCUACUCAGGCCUACUAGAGCCACUCAGGCCUACUAGAGCUACUCAGGCCUACUAGAGCUACUCAGGCCUACUAGAGCCACUCAGGCCUACGAGAGCUACUCAAGCCUACCAGAGCUACUCAUCUCAGGCCUGCUAGAGCUACUGAGGCCUACUAGAGCCACUCAGGUCUACUAGAGCCACUGAGGUCUACUAGAGCCACUCAGGUCUACUUGAGCCACUCAGGCCUACUAGAGCUACUGAGGCCUACUAGAGCCACUCAGGCCUACUAGAGCCACUCAGGCCUACUAGAGCUACUGAGGCCUACUAGAGCCACUCAGGCCUACGAGAGCUCCUCAGGCCUACGAGAGCUACUCAGGCCUACGAGAGCUACUCAGGCCUACGAGAGCUACUCAAGCCUACUAGAGCUACUGAGGCCUACUAGAGCUACUCAGGCCUACUAGAGCCACUCAGGCCUACUAGAGCCACUCAGGCCUACUAAAGCUACUCAGGCCUACUAGAUCUACUCAGGCCUACGAGAGCCACUCAGGCCUACCAGAGCUACUCAGGCCUACGAGAGCUACUCAGGCCUACUAGAGCUACUCAGGCUCAGUAGACUACUAAGAUUAGUAUUAACUAGAUUUUACAGUUCUAGGCUUAUUGUGACAAUUUGUGACAGUCUGCCACUUACUGAAAUUAAUAGAAAAAAAAAAAAGAAGAAGAAAAUUACACACUAAAAGUGUAGGCUACUGUUGACUAAAAAUCGUUCGGGAUCCAAUCCAGGAUCCAUGGAGAGAAACCCUAGCGAGAAGUGACGGCUUGGGAAAUAUAAUAAACAGUUGGAACCUAGAUCCCAUCUAGGGGCCGAAGCGUUUAUCACGCCAGAAAAUUUUCUUUAGGCCUAUACCAUAUGACCAUAAAAUAGGGGCAUCUUCCUCCAAUUGCAGUAAAAAAGAGGGGGAGGGUGGCAAAAUCUGGGCCCUCCCGGGGGGGGGGGAGGGGGGGCGAAACUUAUUCUAGCUACGCCCAUGCCUUCCAGUUUAAAGGUAACGAUGAUGGAUUUAGUUUAGGGUUAGCUUGUGUUAGCUAGUUCGGCAACUAGAUAUUAAAGUUUGGGUUGCAGAUAAACUUAAAGUCAAAGUAAGUUAAAGAGAGCGCAUAGGCAUAAUACCCGAGAGUAACUUGAAGUUUUGUAAAAAUAACAAGUCAAGGCCAAUAUAAUAAUAUAUUUUAACCAGGUGUUACUUAACUUAAAUUGACUUGACUUAACUUUUAAUCUUUCAGAAUUCAGAAGUCAGAAGGAAUGAUGUCUCGUCUCGUGCUCUGUAAAUUAUAAAGUUAAGGACUGUAAUAUGACUUACAGUAUACAUAUAGUAUUGAAUUAAAUAUAUAAAUUAGGACUUAGCUCAAUAGAAUUUAAAUAAAUGGCUGAUAUUAUACACUGUCAAAACUAAGACCAUCAUUGAUAAUAAUUAACAUAGAAAAUAACAACGUUGCCAAAAUGGAACUGGGAAUUCCCCUCUGACGUAGUACACAAUAACACCUGCGAAACAGCUACCCUGUAAGUACACGGGGUAACAUCAUCAGGUCGGUACUAAACCAUGGCCUAACAUCUAGAAAUAAACAGACGCGAUAACAUGUUUAAGUGAAGCCAUACACCUACAAAUGAGAGGUAUGAGAUAAAGUAUUAAUAUUACCGUAUUAUAAUUAUGUGUUCUUUGAAGUGAGUGAUUAAUCACAACCGAUUCAUCGUUCAGUUGAAGUUGUAUAGUUUUAAGUUGUAUUAAUUGUAUAGUUGAAAUUAAAUUUUUAACACACAUUUAAUAAAUAAAUACAUAAUAAUAUAAUUUACGGGUUGGAAUGGAGGUCAAGAUAUAACAUGUGACAUAGUAUAUAGCAAUUAAGUAUUACUGAAGUAGGACAGGUGAUUUUAAUAGGUAACUUCAGGACAUAAAUAAGCCUUUUCUUUAAUAUAAGAUUUUUAAGUUAAGAUAACUUAGAAUUAUUAAGAUGUGUCAGAGCAAUAUCAUUGACUUUGACAUUGUUUGUCAUCAUCACGGUAGCCCAUAUGAUGGGCCUAAACUUUAACUUUAGUAAAUUUACCAUAUCAUUUAGCCUUAGUUGAAAGGUAAAUAAUAUAAAUAUAAAUCAAUAAAGUAAAGCAAGAUUUCCUGGGUGUGUAAAAAGUAAAAAACUGAGAAAGCAGCCGAUGAUAGAUGCCCCUAGCCCUAGUACGUGAUAAUCUAGCCAGUAGUCCUGUAGCCUGUAGUUGUAGUCUAUUCACUAUUCAUAAUAUUAAUUCAUAAUCAUCACACAAAUAAUGUGACUAUAAAUAAUUGUCAAGUAAGAAAUUGAUUAUAAAUGUGUUUCCUGCUUAUGCUGCCAAAAUAAUUAUGCAGAUAGUUAAUUAAAAUGUGGGGGAAAAAAAAUGUUUUUCCCCAUUUAAAUAAAAAUGUACAGUCUUAGUAGCAAUAAUCUAUUCUAUAGUAAAAAUCACAAUUUAAAAAUGGACAAGGCAAGGCCUAGUCCUAGUAGUAGUAGCCUACAGACUACAGCUCUCUUGGUCUUAGCUUUAAAUUAAAAUUAAAGAGCUAGUCCAUAAACAAUAUAAUGAUAAUCAGGCCUAUACUUAUUCUAACAUGUUUCGAUUUAUUUAUUAUUUAGGCUUAGGUCUUUAAAGCAAAGCCUACUGUUUCUAACAAAUUAGGACUAGCUUACAGAUACUGAAACUAAUAUAUUUAAUUUAUAGUUUUAAAAAUUAUAUUGAUUGUCAACAUUUAAGAUUUUAGCAGGCUGAGUUAAAGGACUAACUAUUAAAAAGUAUUAAAAAACAUGAAUUAGAUUGUCCAUUUAAAUUUAAUCUUUGCUACUCCAUUUAAUAUGCAAGUUGGUUCCAAAUUUUUUUUUUUUUGGUUGCAUGUGGGGGGUGGGUUUUGUUUUGGGCGGGGGUUGGUGAUGGUUGUAAUAAAUUGUAAAGACAAAGAUAUUUGGUUUCACUUAAUUAAUGUAACUUAAUGUACACCAGGGAAUCUUAAUAUUUAUUAGUCAGCCAUUUUAAGGAUCUUAGCUUAUUAAAUUGUAUUAUAUUGUCACUCUAUGAACUCCUAGGAGACAGAGGAUCAGUUUUAAGAACUCUCAAAACAAAAGUGGAAGAAGACAUUGAGUAUGGUGAAACAAAUUAUUCAAAUGCAGCAAGAGAAAAAAACGUUAAAAAAAUAAUCAUAAUGGCAUAUAAAUAAAAUUAAUUAGAUCUAAGCAUGCUGAAAAAAAUUUGCUAAGUAUGUUUAAAAGAUAAAUAUAUUUUUGAUCAUUUAAAAAAUAUUUCAAAAAAAAUGUUUCUUUAAUUUAUUAAAUGAAAUAUUAAAAUAAAAUCAAUUUCAUUGAGCUCUUAAAAUGUGAUAUUGUAAAAUUAUGGCUUUGCACACUUGCAUGAUGCUGAAAAUCUCAGGGAAAGUUAGACUGGCCAGGUAAGAUUUAGAUUACAAGAGAAUUUGGAAAAUAAUAAAAGAAGUCCAGCAUAUGCAGCUGGAAAGUUUUAAGUCCAUUCUGAGAGUAAAAUCUAAUUUUUCAUUGAUGUUUCCAUUGUUUUUGUAAUUUUUCUUCCUAAUUGCAGUGUUUUCGUUAAUUUUUGUUUGUUCACCAAUAUCUAAAUAACUUUUUAAUUUAAUAUCCAAAUCUCACCAAAUUUUUAAAGUUUAUACAGUGACCAAUAAUAAACAUUUGUAAAACCUAGAAUUAAAAUAACUAACUUAGAAAAGAAAAUUAAUUCAUCCCCCUAUUUUUUUGCUCACAAAACAAUGGGAUAAGCUAACUUUUUGUGACCCUGUAGAUUUAUAAUUAUAACUAGUUAUUACAUAAAAUAAGGCUUGGUAUUCAAAGUUUUAUUUUAUGUUAAAUAGUCUAUGUUUUAAAUCUUAUGGAAAAUUUUUAAAAGCCUUAGCGUUUACAAAAAAAUAAAAUAAAAAUAUAAAUGGUAGAGGCUUUUAUGGGUUACUAAGACAAAAAAUGGAUUUUAUGUUUUAAAACCUGUUUUGUACCCCCAUUACAAUAUCAAAGAAGGUGUGAGUAAAAAAUUCCCUUUUAGAAGCCAAACGAAAAUUUUAGAUUUUUAAACCCACACACCCCCCCUUAAAUUAUGCAUACUAUGUAAAAGCUGAAGAAUAUGGGAUUAUAAGCAUGAGCUAUGCUGUUAUUCUGAAGGCAACAUAUUUCUCACACUGUCAUCAAAUAGGCUACUUAAUUCAAGUAGUGCUUAUACAAAACAAAAUUGACCAGGUGUAGCUUGAAUAUUGCCCAAAUAAUUGAAUAAGUUUUAAAUAUGCUCAAUAUUUUUCCCAUAUAUUAGGACUCAACGCCUGAACCUAUAUAAAAUAAUGAAACAAGCAUACUAUUUCUUCUACAGUAAAUAUGUCAAAAAUCAGCUGGCUGACAUCACACUGUCUUUUACUUAUAAGCUUGGCAAGUAUACAGAUGUUUUAAAAUACAAUGGGAACAGAGGUGUUUCACAAACUUAUCCUGUGGCUUCUUGAAACUUUGUACUUGACGCAGAAAUGUUAUUUCAAAACAUUCAGUCCUUACCAAAUUUUAAAAUAUAAAAUUUUUAUUCAAGACAUCAACAUUUUCUCUCAUUAAAAAUGUAUGAUUUAGAACAAAAUAGAAUAAGUAGCCUAAAUUAUGAGCUUUCAAUUUAGUUUAUUGUUUCAUUUUUUCCCUUUAAUAUUUUAUUAUGGUAUUUAAAAAUCAUAAUAUAUAUUAGUCUAUUUUUUUUAAAGUUCAUUACUUAAAUUAGUGUUUGUAGUUAAAUACAUAUUUAAGGUAAACAGUCAGUUAAAAAUAACUAUAUUUUUUCUAGUUUGUUCAUUCAUUCUGCAAAAAUGGAUUGUGCAAAAAAAUUUAUAAUUUAUUACGUUGCAAAUUAUCUUUAUGCCUUUAUGGCAACAUUUUUCUACUCACUUGGGAUUGGGUAAACAUGUUUUGGGUUUCUUACUUGCAAAUUGAACAUAAAUGAAUGAAAUUUAGUUUAAUUUUUUUGUCUUCUUUUUUUUUUCUCUUUAGCUUUUAUCGUUAAAAGCAUCAGAUGUAACUGAGAGAAGCUUACUACUGUCUGGAUUUGUUGUGAAUGUCUCCAAAGGUUACAAUGAAAAUAUAAGAACUUUGAUAGUCAGCUGCAAAGAUCAUUAUUAUAAAAACAGAGAUGGUAAAUGUGAACCUUGUCGAUUGUGUGUGCCACCUGAGGCGACACUGCUGUAUUGUUCCUCCAAUAGAGAUACAAUUUGUAGACAAUUAAAAUUAAAAUGGACAAAAUCAGGUACCUAACAUUUAUAUAACUCACCUUUAGAUAAUUUUGCAGUAUUUCUAUAGUUUUAUUACUUUAUGAUCGAAUUUGAUUAUCAUUUAGUUAUAAAUAUAAUCUCCUUACAUGUUGGCCAUAUAUUUGUAUUAUUAAUCAUUAUUGCGAAAUAUUGGGUGAAAUUUUUUUUCAAGUAAUGCCUUACAUUUUCAAACACAUAACACUAACAGUUUAUUAAUUUGUUGAGUAUGAGAUUGAUAGUUUCAGUUUUGAUGAAAAGGAAUCAUAAUGAUUAUUAAAAGUAUUAUUGCAGCCGUUCAAUGCAUUUAGCUCUCAAUCUGAGUAAAUAGAAAGCUGAUUUUUCUCUAUGUUUCAGAAAAUUUUCUGGGGAUAUUAAAUAAAAUUCAAGUUGAAAAAUUUCCCAACUGGAAGCCUGACACAACACAAAUAAAAAGUCCACAGAUCUACUUCAAGAUGUUGGUAGGUGAACGUUUAAGUAGAAGUGGUGAAAUUUAUUUUGUAUAAUCUGACUGAUACGAAAAAUUCAUUACACCAUUUCAGAUAUUUAUAUUAUUAAAUUUUCUCAGUCAACAAUUUAUUAGUUUAAGCAAAUUUACAAAUACAGCCAGUGCUCGACCUUCGGCCACGAUCAGUUCUGACAGACCGGUCGUAACACGAUUUGAUCAUAAGUUGUGUACGCUAUAUGUACAGUUAUGUGAAGUGAUGUUAUAAAAAUAUUUAAGUUAAAUUAUUUAAUAAAUUUCUUUUAUUUUUGUUAUAAAUCAUAAUUUUCUAUGGUAGAUGGAAGCUCAAAUUUUCAAACUCUGAAGAGCUCUCCAAUCAACAUGCUUUAGUUGUGCUUAAGGAAGUCAACUGACCUAGAGUUAUUGAGUGUGACCGUGUUAUUUCUUAGAAAUUGAUGACGCCGGCUAGCAGCAUAGCAUCAUGCCUCCCUUUCCUUAGUUAAUGACCACCGAUGAUUGCAGACAAUACCAUUGAACUGAUAAUUGAGGCAGAAAUAAAUUUACUGAAUUUAUAUUGUUUACUUCAAUAUAUUCUACAUUUUUACUAAAAGAAAUUUGUUUCUUCAUUUAUGUUAUUAUUAAAACCCUAUUAAUAUAAAAUACAUUGAGCUUUCCAGAAGAAAAUUAAUAUUUCUUUUGUAAUGUGGACUUUUCAGGCUAAAAAAAGAAGGAAACGUCAAAAUAAUGGACACAACGAUCAUUUUAAUGUGAGGCGUAAGAAUGAAACCAAAAGUUUUGAAUCAACAACAGUUACAGCAACUAGGUACAGAGCUAACUUUGAAAAGUAAAUAAUUAUUUAAACUAUUUCAUUUGACUAUUUCAUGAGCUAAAAGAAAUUAUAUUAACAAUUUCAUUAUAUUGUCUUGACAUAAUUUAUUAUUAUUUAUUUUUUGGCACUGUAUUUAUCUCUCAAUGAAUACAAAUAUCUUUCAAGGGUAUUAGUAUUUGAGGAUACUUAACCUUGCCAGAGUUAUGAAUAGAAAAGUAUCGUGACUAUCUUUCAGUAAAAUUUUGUGCUCUCUGAAAGUAAUUAGGGCUGUAAGCCUAAAAAAGCGUUAGUAAUUUAUAAAUUUUAAAAAUGUAAAUACUUAAACUUUAAAUUUAAAAUAUUUAGUAUAUAUGGUAUAAAAAUGUACUUUUUAACAAUGAUAAACUAUUUUUAUUUGGGUUUUAACAUUAGCUUCUGCUUAUAAAUCUAACACUUAGUCAUCACUGUAGGCAUUAACAUGCAAUUGUAAACUGUAAGUGUUAACAUGCAAUUGUAAAAAAUAAUCCUUUAAAGAAAAAUUAAUAAUUCUAAUAAUCUAGUCCUUAAAAGCUCUAAUUGUGUCAUGCUCAGAAUUUUAAAAAAUGUAGAAAUAAAAUGAUUUGGGCUUUUAAAUACAGUGAAUUUUUUUUUUUGAUGAUGAAUAUACUAAAACCCCAACUUUUUCAAUUACAAUGCUCAAUAAUUUAAAGACUUUCUUUAAAUCUAGAGAUUUUAUAAUGUUGACAUUUUGGCAGGCAUUUUAAUAAAACGUUUUAAAAUCUAUGUUCAACUGACUUACUGUAAGGACAUUAAGAAUCUAUCAUUUAUAAGAUAUUCCGGGUAUGAUAGAUUUGCACCUUUAAAAAUAGACACAGCAAAAAUGAGAUUUAAAACUAAAGUAUACUUCCUUUUGUUUCUAAAAGAUGCUUUCGCUUAAGUAUCUGUAUUGACUUUGUGAUGAAUAGGAUUAAAAAAUAUAAAUUUUAGAAGGAAAAGUUGCAAGAAAUCUAACUUUUCAGUGCAGAUUCAUAAUGUUGUAAAAAAUUAGAGCUGCGACAAAAUGUCAUGCUAGACUUGUAGUUUCCAAUCUUAUAUUUUUGGCACCACCCUUAUUUCUUAAAAUAACAUAUUAACACUUAUUGGAAUAAAUAAAAAUAAAAGAUCCCUUCCUUUAAAGUCAACGUUUAUGUACUUGUGGGUCACAACCCUCUUGAGGGUCACCUGAAAAUAUGCCAGAGGUCGCUUGAGAAUUUCAGAAAUUUGAUUUAAAAAAUUUUAAUAUAUUUAUUACAUUUUUUGUUGUUGCUUUGUUGUGAAAUGAUUAUGCCCUUAUUAUUGACAUAAAUUUACAUUAUAAUUAUUAAGAAACCUUUAAAUUAUAAAAUAUUUACAAGUCAAUUACUUCAGUCAAUAACCACUCUCAAUUUCUUUGAAUAACCCUGGCUGUAGGUGGACACAACUUGGAAAAUGUUAUCAUGCGGUCAGGGCACUAAAAAUAUUGAUAACCACUGCAUUAAACUAGUACACUGACCCAAGGGCUCUUCCACCAUUUAGUUUCUUUGAAAAUUCCAAUGUAGACUAAGGGGGCUUAGAACUUGAAUUUGAAAAAAAACUAUCUUUGGUAUAUUUUAAAAUACCUUGUAUUCAUAUUACAUUGGACACAGCAAAUCAAAUUUUUUUUUCAGCAGAGAAAAAAAACCGUAAGUAACUAGAGUCAAUACAAAUUCGGAUUAAUACAUUUUUCAUGUGAUUACUAAUGCUAGCUUGAAAAUUUUUGUAUUUGUUUGCCUACCAAUUCUAGCAUAAUAUUUUAUAUAAAAAUUUUAACAUUGUGUAAAAAAUAAGCAUAUGUCCAUGACACCUACUUAGAGGAUUCUAAACAGUGUUUCUUUUUUUAAUAUUAACAUUUGUGUUUCAAAGUCAUCACUAAAAAAUGAAAAUCGUAUUCUAAUUAUAUAUAUUUAAAUUAAUUUUUGGCUAAAAUAGAAUAUGUAAUUAUUUUAAAAUAAUGAUCUUGGAAAGCUAAUGUUCCUUAUAAAUGGCAGUAAUUUAAAAUACAUACAUAUUAUACUCUUAGCAGUAUUUGAAUUUUAAAAAAAAUUAAGCUUUCUUACAUUGGCUGGAGAUAUAUUUUCAAAAAUUAUUUAAAACUAUGUUAUGCAAAAAAUUCAGUAAACAUUUUUGGCCACAUUUUCCCCCCUCAUACCCUUUGAAAAAAAUAUAUUGUGACAUAAUUUUUACUUUCACUAAAAGAUCAUUUUGUGUUUUUUGGUUUUAAAAUAGUUUCAGAUUCAUAUUUUUUCACUGAUGAAUUAAAAACUGUUAUGUAAAUGAUUGCAGCCCCAUUCUUACUUUGUUUAGAAUGUAUAAAACUAAAGCAUGUAACAUGAUCAUAAAGUUGCAUUAAGCAGUUAAGGAAGCGUUUUGCCCACUUUGUUUUGUUUAAAUGUUUUUUCUGAUUUAUUGGAACAACUCCUGUAAUCUUUUUUGUUACUUGUUUGAGCUAGCUUCCGUUACAUUCCAUAAUACAUAUUAAUGCUGGCUAUAAACUCAUUUUACAUUAAGUAUAAUUUAAUUAUUAAAAUGUAGCGAAGUAUUUGGUGUGCACCUGAAAAGAAACAACUCUAUUUUUCUAAUAACUUUUUAUUGGUGCUUUGCUCAGUAUACUGGAAAUAUGCUUUUGUAAACAGCGUAUAGGAACUUUAUAAAACAAAAUGGAAAUCUUAGAGUUAGUAGGCAUGUUAUCUUUCCUCAGUUGUGCACAAAAUAAAUUUAUUGUAUUUGCAAUAUCUAAUAGACUCAAAACUGUUUAAUUUUUGUUUAACUUUAGUUUUGUGCAUUAAAAAAAAUGUAACCCCUUUCCUCUUUAAUGGCUUCAGAUCUAAUUUUUAAAAGUCCCUGAAUGGACCCAUAAAAGACCCCCUCAGUUGAAGAAAAUCAGUAAAAAGAAAAUAAAAAAAAAUAAAAAAUAACAAAGCCAUUUAAUUUUGUGUAUGUGUAUUAAUUGGUUUAAAAUUUAAACAUUUUGACCUAUUAUAUCUCAUUCUUAAAUUAAAUAAAUGUUUGUUUUACUUUAUUUUACAAUUGAUAGAAAUAUACAUAUUUAAUAUACAUGUUUAUUUCAGUGGUAUUGAAUUACCUGAUACUGGCAAAGAGUCUACAGGUAAUUAUGUCAUUUUCACAAGUUAUUGAAAGGAUCAAAGAAAAAAUAUUUAUUUUAAUGAUUUUGAUUAUUUCAAAUUUUAAAAAAUUUUCUAAUUUUCCAUAAGUCUCAAUUCCAAUAUGUUAUCUGUAUUUAAAAAAAAAAAAUUCCUAUUUUUAUUGUACAUAUAUACUAUUUUUUUUACAGAGGAGAGCAUUUCAUAUUGACACUUAAGGCUAAAAGAAUGACUUCUAUGUUUUUCAUUUACAGAUUCUGUAUCACCAUUAUUCCAUGCUUUUUUUUUUUUAAAAAAAGGUGGCUGGUAGAAUGCAGUUAUUAUUUAAAUAAGUCAUUUAGAAUAACUUAGAUCAGAGGUGGCCCAAACCUGACUUACCACCGCUUGUACCCAAUCUAGCUAAGAACAGUUGUCACAUUUUUAAUUCUUUUUUAAAAUUAAAAUUUUGUGCUGUAUUGGAGCUGUGUGUGGCACUCCUAUAGCUUUUUAUACACAUACUCCACACAGUUAUUAUUUGUCAGUGCUUCCACUUAUUUUAUUUUCCGAUGUGUAGACCCUCCCCACCAGAAGUCAACUGUAUCAUUUAACCUCGUAUCAUCAUAAACCUACAAAUGAAACACCCCCACCAAAUUUUUGGCAAGCACUAAGUUGUACUGAAGUCUAACCAGUGAAUAAGCUUCAAAAGAAGUAUUAUUAAAUGACACCUAGCAAGGUUAGAAAUGCCUGCACAUGGUACCAAAAGCACUUAUCCCAGCACACCCUUAAACUUUUCAUAUAAUUUUAUCGUGUCAAAUCUUAAGGUCAAUUUGACUACCCUGGUAAUUAGAGUUUUUUUGUUUCAGAAGCUAUUAACAAAAUUGAGUGGAAUAAUUUAUAGCUUAAAUAACUUAUAUGUUGUUUUAGAAAAUGGAAUAAUUUAAAAUGUAUUUAGCUAAAUAUUUUUGUAACAUUGACAGGUACAUCAUCAUGGGUUUAUAUUACCAUUGGUGUUGGACUGGUUGUUAUGCUAGUGGUCAUCUUUAUGGCCACAAUGUUGUAUCGUAGACGAAAGAGGUCACAAAGAAAUUCUGAUAGAGCUGAAACAGUUUCUCCCCCCGAAUCUUACAUUGCUUGUCCCACGUAAGCUGAAAUUUAAAUUAUCUCAUGUGGAAAUGAUGUAUUUUAUUUUUGGUCAUCUUCUGAUGGCUUUUACUUGUCAACUAAUAUAUAUAGCACAAACUAAGAGAGCCAGACCAUAGAAUUUUUUAUUUAAAAAAAUUAGACCAUCCUAAUAUAUGUAUUUAUAUUUAUAUGUGUACCAAAUGAUAACAUAUGUGAAUAAUAGGUUGAAGAAUGUCUUUCCACUCAUAGGGACUUUGUUUAUCAAAAAAAACAAAAAAACUUUGGUCAGGGAAUUGUAUUGCCAGAAAAUAUUAAGCAUAAAAUAAUUAUUUUUUAAUCCCAACUUAACAGGAACUGUCAUAUUUAAAAACCAGAAAGAUUAAGAUUUUAUUGAUAUUAAUCACAUUUUAUUAACUUUUUUCCCAAUUGAUUGCUUUUUAUUUAGCAGAGAUUGUUUUCUAGGUUUUGUGAUACUUUUUCAUCAUAAUUCCUUGUGCACUACAAGGAUUAUAUUUCAAACUCAACACUUUAGAAUUUAAUGUUUAUUUCUUUGAUUAAAUUAGUGGUGUAGCCAUGGGUACCAAAAUGGACCCUACUUCGGUUUGCCCUUUUAUGCGUCACUUUGAAUACAUGGCAGAAUGAAUAUACAGGCAGUAUCAUAGAAUUUUACAAAUGAUACAUUUGAUGAUAACAUUGGCAUCACUAUCUUGGAAAUAAGUGAAUUCCAACAAUUUAUUGAUUUUAUUAACUCUAUUCUCCAUCUAUUAAAUUUACUUCCUAAAUCUCUGGGGAAUUUGUAAACUUUCUGGAAAUUACCCUUGUCUUAAAAGAAAACGAAUUAUUCACCUCUGCCUUCUACAAACCUUUGCCAGUCUAAUGAAGAAUUUUCAGAUAGGGCUAAUUAAAGGGUUGAAUUCUUCCACUCUAGAUCUCAUCCUAAAAAUAACCUUGUUUUGGAACUCAAUCGUGUUAGCACAAUCACAUGUAAUGAGGCAUUUAAAUCUUAAGUAAAAUUAGGAUUGAACCAAACUCAUCCUUACCUACCACCUUCACAGAACUCAUCGUUUCCUACCACCCUCACAGAACUCAUCCUUACAUGCCACCUUCACAGAACUCAUCCUUACAUGCCACCUUCACAGAACUCAUCCUUACAUGCCACCUUCACAGAACUCAUCCUUACCACCAUUACAAUGUGGUGACCAAUGUUCCCUCAAGCUGCGCUGCAAUCUCACAGACGCCGCGCAGCAGUUUUGAGUACCGCGCAGCAGUUUUGAGUACCGCGCAGCUAAUUUCCACUUAAGUGUCUGUAGGCUGAAAAUUUUGCGCACAAAAAAUUGAUGCUGUAAAAAUUUGCACACAACUUUAUGAUUUUGCACACGAACCAACAAACCUUAGAGGGAACACUGGUGGUGACCAAAAAAAAUAUUCUUAAAGAUAUUGUCAUAUACUUCUUGUUUACCUUGAGACUAACAGGAUAUUCUCAUCCCUUUCACAAAUAGUCUUCAGACGUGAUAAGAAUCUAUGUGAUAAAUUUGGUCCACAGUCACCUUUUGAGCCGACCAAUUUUACAUUGAGACUAAAGCAUGUUCAAAAAGCCAUUGUAGGACUUGCCCCUAUGUACUGGAAACCAAACGCAUUGGCUUUUACCAUCAAACUGGGCUUCACAUGUAUUAGUCGAAAUGGGAUCUGUGUGGUUGUUUGCAGAAGAUGCUGUGCCUGAUAUAUAUAUGAAACAAGAAGAAGGCUAUCUGAUAGGUUCAGUUAACAACUCCGUGAUAUUGAACAAAACAGGCCAUUCCUGGUCUCAUCCCAUCUCAAUGGAACACAAGGGCAAAUCAGAUGUAUCUAUCACCGCACUGAUGUUUUACAAGAAUACACCAGCGAGAGUGCAGAAUGAAAAUAAAUUAAUUGAGAUUUUUGACACCGUAUCAUCAUAUUGAACCAAUCAAAUACUCUCUUGCUAGUAGUCCUCAAUUUCCCUACAUUUCUACUCUCAUUUUUUGUGUGUUUAAGUUACAUUAUUAAUACUUAAAUUCUUUUAUCCCUUGUAAUCAUCUUGGCAGUACAGACCACAGAAUUAUGUAGUAUGCACGUUGAACAACUUAACUCCCAUCUCUAGCAUAGCUUUCGAGUAGCUACAUUUACUUCAUUGAGAUUUUCUAAAACAUAAGUUUUGUAUUUUUAAUUUCUAAUUAUCUGUUGUUUCUUGUUAUGUCUGCAGAAGAAGGCAUCUUGCCCCAACUUCCUUUUAAUUGUCCUGUCUUUUCUUUUCAAGCCUAAAUGUAUCUUAUUCCACUAUUUCCUUAUUAAAUGCAACUUUAUUGUUUACUACUGUGUUGAGGUUUUUAAAAUAAAUAUAAUUUUCUACAUAAAUUACUUUAAAAUCUCACUUUUAGGACAGUACAAACUGCAAAUGAAAGAAUAUCGGAAUGUAACAUGCAUAACACAUAUGAGGAAAAUCGACGGGGACGUUCGUUCAAAGAUUAUCAUGAUUCUGGAGAUGUAUAUGAAUUGAAGAGUCUGACCAGUGACAGACCAAGGGUAGAAAGGUCUAGGAACAUUGGCAGUAUGGAUGCUAAUGCUUAUACUUAUGGUUAGAAAAACAUUAUUCCUUUAUUUAAAAGUUAUUUAAAUAUAUGUUUUACCCCUGUAAUUAUGUUGCAUAUACAAAAUGGCACAAAAAUGUGAAUCUGAAUGGUAUGAAAAAAUAAUAAACUCUUAAUUGCCUACUUUUAUUAGUAUAGAAGCUGAAGUUAUUUUAUUUUAUAUCCCAUGAUACCAUUGUGAAAUGAAAAACAAUUACUUUUUUUUUUUAGUCCCUGAAAUUAUUACUUUGUAAAAAAAUUAAUGGCUCAUUAACCAUGACUGAAAGAAACAUUUUCUGAAAAUGUUUUACCAUGUAUUAUGUUCUCACAUAGUAUUUAUAAAUUGCUUUACACUUUAUUAGUUAACAGUGUAUGUUAGAUAUACUUAGGACUACUUUCUUAAAUGUUUACCUCAUGAGUCUAAACAUAUAGUUUUUAUAUUACAUUUUUUUUUCCCUUGUGAAUAUGAGUGUAAAAUCCUUUCUCACUGAGAUCUGUAGAAGGAAAUGAGAAAACUAUGAUAUUUUUCAAACGCUAAGAUUGAACAAAACAGGCCAUUCCUGGUCUGAUUGGGAUUGAAAAAAAUUGCGUACAAAUCAUGACCCAAGGGGUGGAUUAAAAGGUUGUCCAUUUUUUGUUUUUUUUUGUUGUUGUUUUCUAAUUUGGGUGGACCUUUUUUUUUUAAAACUGUAAUUUAAGUUCUCUUAGGCUUCAUGAUAAUCAUACAUAUCAGUAAGUAAUCUUGGAUUUAAUUUUCUAUAUGACAUCUCAGACUCAUGGAACAGAUCGAUUUCGAAAAGCCGGGACAGUUCUGCAGAAAUGGAAAAAAGUUUCAGACCAGAUUUGAAGCAGUUCCAAGCACUCCCACGUGUUAAGAUGAUAAACAGUGCUAGCAGUACCCAUUCUUCAGAUACAACCUCAUCCUUCCUCCUAUCUUGUGUUGGGCACUCAGAGCCAGCAGAGCCUAUUCGGAAGGGCCACAUUUUUCGUCCUUGCAGUGAUGACAAACUUAGAGGUGGAAAUGUUGAAUUUGAUAGACGGUAAGUGAUUUUUAAAAAAAAAUGUAUUAUUGACCAAAUAAUGACAUUUUUAUAAUGGAAAGUUGACAAAAUAGUUUCAAUGUUUUAUUUGAAUAUCAGGCAUUAUUUCAGUUUUAUAAAUGUUUUUCAAGAUUCAAUGAUGAUUUUUUUUAUUGUUUCCAUAACUUUUUUUGAGCUAAUCUGCCUUUCAGAGUAUUAACUUGUUAAUGACUGCCAUGAUUAAAAUUUAAAAAUUAAGUGUUUCACUUAUAAUUUAAGAAUAGUUUUAGAAAUAUAAAUUGUGAACUGGGACACAUUUUAACUGCAUGGAAAGUGAUAUGACUUAUUAACCCUUUUGAUACCAAGGCCCUUCACUCCAGAAAUCCUAGUCAUUAUAAUUAUUGUUGGCUUUGGAAUAUUGUUGGUUAUUAUUAACUUUUAGGGGUCAUAAUUUAAGAUGAACUGUAAAUUAGACUUUUUUUUUAUAGGUAGCCUAGUCAUAACUGAUUUAAAAAAAAAAAAACCCACAUCAUUCUGAACAUUUAAUUAGGUUGUAGAAUAUGCAAGGUCAUCAAGGGUAGAUGGAACAGGCUGACUUUAUGAAUGUAUAAUGCAGAAAGAUAGGGACAAACUAUUAUUUUUGUUUACAGCUAAAAUUAGUACAAAAAUUAUUUGUAUGUAAAUAAAACUUGUUUGCUUGAAUAACUGUUACAGGAAUGAUAAGAGCACGGUAUGUGACAGCUGAAAUAAUGAUUCAAGAUAAUCAAAAGAACGUUUAGGCUGAAAGCCUUCAGUAAACACGAGAAUUAAAAUCAAAGUAUAAGAAAAACAGAACUUAGCUUGCUACUGUAGCAAGGCUUGACAGGAAGUCGUUUAAUCCAACAUGAAAACGUUACAAUCCUAGGCUGUAUUACAUACUUUAUUCAUACUGUAUGCUCACUCACAUGCGUGAAAGCAGUCUCUACUAUAUUAUCCUUUACCUCUUACUGGGAGGUCUGCAAGUAAUAUAAUUUAAAACAUUUCCAAAAGUUCACAGAACAGGGUUAAGCUAUGAUGCAGCUAGUAAUAUGAAAAACAAAUAAAAGAUUUCAAUACAUUUUUUAACAGUAACUUAAUAGUGGAUCAAAUGUUUAUAAAUAACAUUGUUGUAAACUCAAAAAAUGAAGUUCAGCUCAUUUUUCACUGCAGCAUCCAGUGAGCUAAUGCAUUUUCAGCUACCAAUUUUACAUGAUGAAAAAAUCAUGUUUAAUGAAUGCAUCAAUUAAACUACAUUAAGCAGAUAUCAUCAGGUAAUACAAUGUCUAAGAAAAUGUCCUCACUUUUAUUUUUGGCAGCCUAUUUGUAAUUCUAGAUAUUGCUAUUGUAAUUGAUUUUUACAUUUAUUAAGAAGAUUUAUUAUAUCCACAACAGCUAUGAAGAUGUCUUUGUCAACAAUGACCUGAGAUCAAAAAGUUGCAAGCCAACACUCCCACCCAGAGAGCGUUCCACUGAACAAAUGACAGAUAGAAAUUUCCAGAGACAUCCAAGGGGUGUUCAUAUUGGUGUUUCUAAAGCUAAAGGCUCUCAAGAAUGUAAUAGAAAUGUACAAAAAGUUAGCUCCCAUCAUUCAGCACGAAGCUACAUAAGGUGAAUGUUUGAUAAUUCUUUUCACUUUUGCCUUGCAGAAAUAAAUCAAUAAAUAAAAUUAGCGUGAGAAAAACUCUGAUAUAUGCCUAGAUCAUAAAUUAAUUUAUGUGAUAAGUCUUACCACAUAAAUGUAACUAACAUCAAUUAUAUAUGCUUUUAAAAGAAUUGAAUAUUUAAAAAAAUUAAAUUUGUAAAAAAAUUAUUAUCAGUAAGAAAGACAAAUGUGCAGUAUUAUUUUCCCUCUUCAUAGUAUUCCUCCAACGAUUCCGUCAGAAAACUAUGUUGAAGCUGGUACUGACAAUCUGUCCAUACACUCAGAACUCAGCACCCCACCAGGGAAAAUGGAGUGGUUGACAAAGAGCUUAAAGUUUUUUCCCAAAAAUGAACUUGGGAGCUACCAAUCCAGCCUUGGUACACAGACAGACAGCGAUGUGGCAGAACCAAAAUGUAAAACUGGUGCGUCUCUCACAACAUCAUUGAUCAGUGUUGAAUAUUUCUGAUUAAUGGCCAGAGUUGCUGAAUCUCUGAAUGUUUCCCUUUCAGUUAUUCUCUGGAUUCAAUGCCAUGUCAGCGGGACUCACAAUUUAUGUUUAACAGUAUUCAUUUUGACUGAAUCAUCAAUGCGUUUUUCAAAUAUUAAUUUGAUAAUUAUAAAAUAGAGCUUAACAAAAUCUUAAGUGAUCACCUGCCUCAUUAGUAUUGGCGAGGCAGACAGAAAUGUGAAAGAAUUAAAAUUUUAAAACAUUUGAUUGGUCAUCAUGGUAUGAUUGAUCUAUUAGUGCUGUCAUUCACAAAAAUACAGUAGAGUGGUGUAAUUUAUUUCAUCAGCUAGAUUCAGAGCAAUAAAAGUUUUUGAAAGUAUGAAUUUAUAAAAAGAAAAUCUCAAUGAUAGAUUUUUUUUUCUAUACCAGUUAGUAAAUAAACUACUAGAUUUGAAAUUUGAAAAAAAAUUCAUACCAUUCAAUCCUUGAAAAUUCAUUCACUACCUUUCUACCACAAAUAAUAAUUAUAAUCUAGGUAUAAUCUAUGGCAGUAACGCUAUUUUCAAAAGGCACGCCAAAUAAAAUCACCAAAAGUAAUUUCCCAUUGGGAUUUUUAUAAAGUGCAAUACUUGAAUGCAUGUUUUGUCAAGUAACUUUACUAGAUUGGAGUUUCCCACAUUGCAGUGGCCAUUGUUUGGCAGGUUAUUUCUAGUAAAUAAGAAAAGAAAGAAGAGAUUUGCACAGUGCUUAAGUUUCAGAUCAAGAUUUUAGAAUUUCUUCCAUACUCAUUUCUAAAAGUGUGAAAAAUUCAGUAACAAGGGCUCCAGUGGGUUUGUUAUUAUUUUAAAAAAAAUUUCUUUCAGCGGUGUUUAACUUAAUUAUUCAAUGAAAUUGCUAUGCACCCAGGGCCGGCUCAAGGCGGGUAUGAUGCGUGGUCUUCACACAGGCGCCAAGCUUGGCACCCAAACCAUUAAAAUAAAAAUAAAAAAUUUUCUGAGCUCUUCCCAUAAUUUUCCAGAGGACAACAGUUGUCUAUGUUUACCCAACCUAAAAAUGUCUAGCCCUGGCCCUGUAUGCAGCUAUUUAAAGAAUAAAUAUUACAAUAAUUCCUCUGUGUUGUCUGUCAAAGAUUUGUAUUCUCUAAGGUCAAUUACACAAUUUUAAUAAAAUAUCUUAAUUCAUUUUAUGUGUAUUCCAACAAUUAUUUUGUUAUGAACUUUGUGUUUCCCAGUAUUUGGAACACAGUGGCAAUUUGGUGGCUCCUUCAGCAGCAGCGGUGGCAUCAUGCAAGCUAAGAAUUCUGAUGUAGCACUUUAUGUGCCUAGUAAUGCUAUACCAAGAGGAGAAUUUGUUGAUAUUUUUGGAGCCGUGUUUAUUGAAACACAGGAGAUUAGGAAAAAGGUAAGGGAUGAAUCCUAGAUUUGUCAUUUAUCUGAUAAAUAAAAUUGAUGCCCAAAACCUCCCAAUUAAAAAGGAAAGUUAACAGAGAAACACAAAUUAUGGCAGAAAAUUCUAAAAAAAAAGUAGCCUCAUGAACAAUGGAUAAUAUAGGGACUCUGGUUAUGAAAACUUCAACUAUUAAAUGAAUAAAUGAAAAUUAAUUUAGGUAACACUUUGAAAUGAAGAAACUUAAUUAACAUUCAGAAACCAGAAAUUUAUUUAGCCAUAUAUAUUAUUACUAAUAUAACGAUUUUUAAAAAUGUUUUUUUUUUUUUUAAAGUUUAAAAAAUCAGUAAUAUUUUUCCCUGGUUGGAUACUUUGAAAAUUUACUUAGAACUUUGGCAAAAAGGUUAUAGUAUUUUUCUGAUUAGAUGAUAAAUAUAAAAUAAUUGUUAGGCCUGAGUAUGAGUAAGCACCUUGGAAGGCCAGUUUGAUCUAUGAGCAUUUAAACAACACUUAUAAAAUAAAAAGGGUUAAAUAUAUUGUAAUGGAUCCGACUAAAGAUUGCCUUUGAAUUGUGGGUAAAUUAGACAUUGUCGACCAACUGAGAAAAACUCAUUUUUAUAAUUGCAGCUUGAACAACUUUGAACUAUUUAAGAAUUUUGUGAUUUGUUUCUUGUUUUUAAUUAAAUAAACAGAUGUUGAAACAUUUAUUACAAAAUUUCUUAAUUUCUAAAUUUAUGUCUUAUUUUAUUUUCUAGUUAGAAAUAGGGAAAUCAUUAAAAUUUUCUCUCGUUCUAAAAAAAAAAAAUACUGUGUGUCUGGUUUGAAUUUGGCAAAAUUUUGGAGUAAAUAUGAAAUUUAAAAAAAAAAUUGUUUUAUUCCUAACCAGAAAUUUUGUUAAUGUAGUAAUGGUUCAUUAUCCUAUUGUUGAUGUUCAGUUUGAGUUCCCAGCUGGUGAAAGUCUGAUCACCCCAUUAGUGGAGUACCAUGCUGAACCCUCUGCUAAUUUCCAGCGACCUCUCUGUAUCCAGCUGCCCCAUUCACUGCCUGAUGACUUUGAAACCAGUCACAUUAAGGUAAGACACUUAAGUUUCAACAACUUUCUCACACUCACUGUGAUGAUUAGGAACUUGAUGACUUGAAAUAGUCUGAAAGCAGGUUGUCGUUACUGUGUUCGUUUCUUGUUUUAUUUACCAAAGUGUGCUUUAGAUCAAUAAAAUUAUAACCAAGAAAGCUUGACUUGGUAAAUUUCACAAAUCUGCUGUUUCUCAUUUUAAUUAUUAUCCCAGGCUAGGUAUAAACAUUUGUCCUAAUGGGUAAAAUGCAACACCAGUGGUUAAAAAAAAAAAAAUCAAGCUUAAAAAAAAAAUACAAUCACGCUUAAACUUGUGUGUAGUUUUUAAACUGAAAUCAAAAUCUACAGGUGUUUGUAAGCGAAAAGGUUACCAAAAUUUACCUCCUGUGAAUUUUGUUUGUCCACAAUCAAAUGCUAGAAAUGUUUUCAAUUCAUACAGGUAUAUACUUUCACAACUGAUGACAGAGGUAGGGUUUUAUCUCUCAGAUGUGUUCCCUUUAAAAACAAAGUGAAUGAUGACAAAAAUCCAGACGGCUAUUGGGAAAAAAGUUCAGACGCACGUACCUUAGAUAUCACAACUAAACAUUUUAGGUAUUUAUUAUUGUUUUUGUUAUUUGCAAACCAUCCAGUAACAGAAUAUUAAUAUUUUAAAAGAAAAAUUUUAAUAUAAUGAAUUCUUAAUGCUCAACAAUUUUUGGAAAGCACUGAAUUUAUAUUUAUGGUUUCUUAUAGUGCUGACUUGUCUUUAGACCAUUUAAAUUGGACAACAUUUUGAAGUACUAACCACUUAUAGAAAAGGGUUGCAAUCCUCACCAAAAAUGCAAUGAAAAUACCUCAGGAUUUCAUUAACUUAAAUCCAGGAAUUUUAGAUUUAAAAGGAGGCCAGAUGAUUAAAUUUAGAAAAAAUAUUGGUUUUCAGUUACUUAUAAAAUGUUUAUAUUAAUAAAAGCUCAUUAUGUUCAUACUUAGCAUUAGGAAACUGUCCAUCCUAUGCAUAGUAUUUUGGUCUAAAAGAUUUAAUUUAUAUUACUUAAACUAAAUUGUGAAUGGCAACAAAUAUAUACAAAGUUCAAAUUGUUGACAAAAAUAAAUAACUAAAUAACUAUUGUUUCAUAAAAUUAAAUUUAAAAAUAAAUACCAUAUUUCUCAUUAGUAAUUGUAGAAAUUUAAAAAAAAAUUGUUUUAUUGAUCUAUGCACUAAAAGAAUUUCUGUACCAAAUUAAAUCUGUACCAACUUAUUUGAUUAUUUUAAAAACAACUUUAAAUUGUGAGGGGGGAUUUUUAAUGUAUUUAAACAUUCUAUUUUUUUUUAUUAAUCAAAUAUAGAUACUCAUAAUUGUUUGAUAUGUAUCACAUUAACUGAAUAAAGCAAAUUCAAACUAUUCAACCAAGGAUAAUCAAAACUGAAUGCUAUAACUUCGACAUUGGCACAUUCUUCUAAGCUUAAUAAUCAAAUGAUUCUUUCCUAUUGAGUAAUUUAGAGUAUGCAGACAGUUCAAGGAGCAAUGUACCAUAUUUUAUAUUGUUUUGUUAAUCUUUUUGAAGUUUGAUGAUGAAACUGCUUUUUCCACAGUGGCUAUUUUUGUUCACUCUGUGAAACAUCAAGUCUGCCUUCCAUUUGUACAAUGGUUUUUGGGUCUCAUGUCCAGAUGAAUCCUACUCGAAGAGAAGUCAGGGUUAUGCUCUACAUAUGGGACAGACGGCUGACCAUAAGAGACUAUUUAGAGGUAAUAAUUUAAAAUCUGUGAACUGUACCAAGUUAAGUUGCCCAGAGCUCCAUCAUCUAAGGAGUGACGCCAUUAGUUUUCAAAUGGAAUUGUCUAUUCAUGCAAACAAUUGUCUUUGAAUAUGAUCUUUCAGUAUACUGUGCAAAUAGGAUGAGUUGCUUGGUGUCUUAUGACAUGUAAGCCCUUGUGAGAACAAAAUUUUAUGGCUGAACUGUUUAUAUAGAAGUAGAAAGUACAUUUUCUACACUCUCACAAAUUAGCUUAUUCAAUUCACCUGUCUUCUUUAUAGAAUUAUCUUUUUUUAAAUAUCUUUUACGAUAUUCUUGAGAAAAAUUGCAGUCAGUUAAUAAUUUAUUUAUUAAUUUAACAAGAAAUGAAAAACAAGAACCAGCAAGAUUUAAUUUUCCCCUCCACCAUAAUAAACAACUCUAAUACUAUGUUAAUUGCUGGAUAAAGUUAAUACUAAUGCAACACUUUUGGUUGAAAACUAAAUGAUCUUUACAUAAGGACAUAUGAUGGAUAAAGUUAAUACUAAUGCAACACUUUUAGUUGAAAACUAAAUGAUCUUUACAUAAGGACAUAUGAUGGAUAAAGUUAAUACUAAUGCAACACUUUUAGUUGAAAACUAAAUGAUCUUUACAUAAGGACAUAUGAUGGAUAAAGUUAAUACUAAUGCAACACUUUUAGUUGAAAACUAAAUGAUCUUUACAUAAGGACAUAUGAUGGAUAAAGUUAAUACUAAUGCAACACUUUUAGUUGAAAACUAAAUGAUCUUUACAUAAGGACAUAUGAUGGAUAAAAUCAUUUACCCUAUUUUAAGGGAUUGAACGCAGUGUUGUUGUUUUUUUUGUAAUUCAGAGAUUUCGUAAGUUAGAAUCUGAUGUGGACAGGCAGCUGUUGACCGACAUGCAAGUACCAUUACUGGACUCUGCUUCCUCUGAAAGUCGACUGGUCAUGAAAAUGGAACCUAUGGGGGAAGACAAGGAGCGCACCAGCUGGAGGCAUAUCUGUAGACCAAACAGCAAGUGGCCAUUGUUUAAACCACUGCAGGUAUACAAUUAGCCAUUUUUGGACUAUUUUUACAGAAACAUUCUCACUAGAAACAUUUUCAUAAAAGCCCUUUAAAUGACAUCGGCAAUUAAUUUAUUAAAACCUAAUGAUUUUAACCAAGUCUUCAGCAGUAUCUGCUGAUACCUUUUCACACAUUUAUAAAAUAUUUGAGAUAAAUAAGCACUCUUUUUUUUUUCUUGUUUAUGUAUUGAGAUCACCUUGAAAAUAUUUAUGUUCAUUAACAAAAAUUUUAAGAUACCUUAUAUUGAAAAAUAUUUGCAAAGAUUUUCUGUUGAUUAUCCCUGAAUUUCGGUAAAAUAAAUGAAACAAUUCCUAAAGAUUUAUCCCAAAAUUUUUUUAAUGUGGCAAGUUGUCGGCUAUUUCAUAUGGGUAUAGCUUAAAAGAACUUAAGUAAAUCAAGUCCUGUCUAAAUUUUACUAAAUGGUUUAUUAUGUCAGGUUCGGAAACUGAGUGAAAUCGUCCACUGCUGCCGGCAAACUGACCCUAUUCGCGUAGAGUGGGCCCUGGAAAAUGUGCCAAAUCAAAUGCCAAGUUCAGUUUUCCAAUGUUGUAUUGAUAUCAUGCAUGCACACGAGUCCACGCAAGACUACGAGACAGCUAUGAGAGAAGACAGCGAUGACCUCAUAAGGACAUUUUACAUCAGAGAUCUCAAAGUCACAGGCGUUGAGGUUUUUUGUUUUUUUUAAAUAGUUAUUUAAAAGUACAUUUUAUGUUAUCAUUUUGCUUCAAAUUUUUGGUUGGUUUUGCCUGAAACCAAGGGCCACUUAAGUCCAAGGACCACUUAAGUCCAAGGGCCACUUAUGUCCAAGGGCCACUUAUGUCCAAGGGCCACUUAAGUCCAAGGGCCACUUAAGUCCAAGGGCCACUUAAGUCCAAGGGCCACUUAAGUCCAAGGGCCACUUAAGUCCAAGGGCCACUUCAGUCCAAGGGCCACUUAAGUCCAAUGGCCACUUAAGUGGUUCCCGGUGAAUUCAGGUUCCCGGUGUUAUGUCCAAGGGCCACUUAUGUCCAAGGGCCACUUAAGUCCAAGGGCCACUUAUGUCCAAGGGCCACUUAUGUCCAAGGGCCACUUAUGUCCAAGGGCCACUUAAGUCCAAGGGCCACUUAAGUCCAAGGGCCACUUAAGUCUAAGGGCCACUUAAGUCCAAGGGCCACUUAAGUCCAAGGGCCACUUAAGUCCAAGGGCCACUUAAGUCCAAGGGCGACUUAUGUCCAAGGGCCACUUAAGUCCAAGGGCCACUUAAGGCCAAGGGCCACUUAAGUCCAAGGGGCACUUAAUUGUGGUGUUUCUGCUGCUAUUUUCCCAACUACAUAGUUAUUUAAGUUAUGCAUUUAAUGUAGAUAUUUAAUGCUGGAAGAGUUAGAUGUAGAUUUCAACUAAUUUAUCACAUCUAUCUGAACUGCUUGAAAUUUAAAUCAUUUCAUUUGCUUGUUCCACCAUUUUACUUGGCCUUUCAGUCAGACUUGCUCUAUACAUUUAUUACUUUUUGUAUUUCUAUCUGAUAUGCACUAAUAUUAUCAGCUAAAGUCAUGACAAGUUAUAAUAACUUGAGCUGAUAUUAUUAGUGCAUAUCAGAUAGGGAUUAACUACUAACUAUUUCAAACAUGGCCGUAUACCAACACAAAUUCCAAGUCUUCACAUAUCAAUUCUUUAUUAACAUAAACACUACACAGAGUAAUAACAAUCAUUAUUGGAAUGAUGCUUGAAUACAGUUAAUGAUACUUCCAUUUCUCUUUAGAAAAUGACAUGUGAUGUCACACAUACGUUUUAUCUUUCUGCACUCAUGAGACAAAACCUUCAUAACUGCUUUUUCAUCCAUUUCAAUAUGGUGGCUCAAAUAGUUCCUUACUCUAUAAUUAAAUGUAUGUAUCACUACACUGACAUGAAAUAGUGCUUUCUACCCAGCAGUAAGGGAACAUCAAAUAUCACAGACCUGUUUACUCUUACAAUUUUGGCGUGUAAUGUACGAUUUUGAGGUGUAUACAUAAUAUAUACUGUAUAUUUAUUUUUUACCAUUAAGUUGAUGAUAUUGUACGAUUUUUAGAGUUUGGGGGUAAACAGGUCUGAUAUCACUAUGUUACCAUAUCUUCUGCAGGAGCCACCAAAAAGCCAAGAGUUUCACCGUGUUGACAUUAAAAGAACCUUGUCAGAGGUGAUGGACACUGAGGAAACAGAAAGACUCUGCCAGGAAUUCGGUAUCACAACCAGAGAUAUUGGAAAUUUUAGAAAAAAGUAAGUUUUUUUGCCUAAGUUUGCUUUAUGUGCUUGUUUACCGACUUACACGCCUUUUACCCUACCUGCGGCAUAGGAAGUCUUCAGGUGCCAAGUGCGAUCUCAUUUCUAUGGUUUCCAGUUGGUUCCAGGAGUAUCCCAUCCUUAGGUGUCAGCCUAAAAGCUAAUCUCUCCAUGCAUUCUUUGGCCUUCACUUCAUGAGAUUAGGAAAGAGGCUUAAAAAUAAUCAUGCAGAUUCUCAGAUGAGCUUUUGAAAAUGUGUUUUCUAUGCGUGUAAAAACAGUUUUAAUGAAUCCUCUUAUUACAAAGAAUCCCUAUCUUAGCUACCAUAAUCCUAAAUGUUAUUUAUUUUGAGAUUUUUCUUCACAAUCAAUUUAAAAAGAAAAUUCAUAUUUUUAAGAUUUUUCAUAUUUUCUUUUUAUUAUGUGCAACUUAAUUUUUAUUGGGUUUAUUUUAUUGAUAAGAUUGCACACUGUUUUUUUUUUGUCUGUGCAAAAAAGGUUCAUUGAAAUAUAUUCCCUCAAAUUCAAAAGAUUGUUAUGUGACAUCAUCUAAUAAAUAAAUACUAUCUUUUCUAGGUGUUGCGUUUUAGGAGCCAUUCAAAUAAAUUACUCUCUUGUAAACAUGGGAUUUUAAUGUUGAUAUCAAAAGACACUUUAAUCCAGGGAUGGCCAACCCAAAACACCUUGCACACUAUUUUGAUAGUGACUAAACCAUUCGCUGGCCACAUGUCAUAACACCUUUUAUAAAAAUACUAAAAGAGACACACACUAAAUGGUUUAUAGAAUUGUUAAUCUCUUCUAGACUAGCACUAAACUAAUGUGACAUCAUUUUAUCUUCUCCCUCGUUCUUUAAAAAUAUAUAUUUUUUGUCUCUUGAAUGUAUAAGUUUAUUCGUGAUAAAUCAAGCAUCUGUGGGCCACAAUAUUUGACGUGGCGGGCCGCUUGUGGCCCAUGGGCCAUGGGUUUGCCACCCCUGCGUUCAUCAAUAAAAUGUAUCAAAUAUUCGGCUCUAAACAGUCCCCCAUUGUUUUAGUUCAAUGUGGAAUCCAAAAAAUACAGAUUGCUUUUUUUAAAACCCUAUAAUUGUUUCUGGGAGUUUCUAUUUGGUAAGUAAAAAAACAAAAGGCAUUGCAGGUUUCAUGUGGGACACAAUGGCAGAAAAAGAUACAAGAAUUUAAAGUAUAAUUUACAAUUGCUUUUGAAAAAGAAGUUUUGCAGACCUGAAAAAGAAAUUUUGCAGACCUAUGAACUUAUUUUGUUUGUCUACUUUUAAAAAAACCAAACAAUUAAAUGCGAUCAUUUUUAAUUUUUUCUUGUAAUAUAAAAAAAAAAUAUUCUAAAUUUUACAAAUCUGGUUUUGUCUUUUGAAAAAUAAGGUUUUCUGCCAGUGACAUACUACAAAUAAAUCUAGUAGAAGAAUGUGCACGGAGACAGGGCCAGGAGAAUUUUAUGCAAAAAUUGCCCAUGGUUCUGGAAAAACUUCGGAUGACACGGGUGCUCCACGAGCUAGAGGAUAGAAAAGUCAAACUUGAAGGAAUUUUUCCACCGCAACCCAAGCGCCCAUCUCAUGCAGCUACUACUACACAGGAUACAACUAAAGUUAAACAAUGUACUGAAGUUGUACAAAUGGGGAGCAUGACUGAGGCCAAGUCUCUAUAUAAUGUGUCAGAAUGCAGUGGGCACCCUUCUGAUCCAUCUUCAAAAAAUGUAAACAAACCAACUGCAUGUAGAAGAGAGCAGAGAACAAAAUCCUGUCAAGAGUGCCCUGACCUUAGAGUUAAUUUGAAUCAACAUGAACUCUCCAAAGUGUCAACUAUCUCAUGUGAUGGAGGUACAAAAUGUCAAUGCGCAGAGAAAACACGUACCUCCAGUAGUGGCUCGGACUCUGUUUUGAAGGAUAGCUCUGUCCAAUCAGAGCUCCAGUCAUAUCCAACGCCGACCUCUAGCUUGUUAGCUGAAAGGGGCACUGAUCAGAGCUGCUUAGAUAGUGGAAGAUCUGCCAGCUACACACAAACAAUGCCAGUCAAUAAAGAUCUCCUUCCUGGCUAUCCUAAAUCACUAGUUGCCGCCGAGUUGCAGGACGACCUUCAGAUAUCUGAUAGUGGUCCUCAUGCCAUUCCACAUCCUGAAAAUGGAAUGACACACUCACAUGGUGAUAGACCUCACUCUUCUUCUUCAAAUCGAACUGUAUCAGCCCCGAAGAAGUCAAGUAGUAAACCACGAUUACCUGAUUUGGAACAAACACAGAAAAAAGAACUGUAUGCAGUACAGACCAUAGUUUGACCAAAACUCAUCAAUGCAAACAUUCCACUUAACACAUAAUUUUAUCAUUUUGUUUACAUUUUUAGUCAAGAUCAUUUUGUCUUCCUAUUUUUUUUAAUAAAUGGUAAUGAAUCAGUCAUUGCUUAAUCUAUUAAACCUGUUGCAGACGGAAUAUCCAAACAAACUGUAAAUUCAAAUUACUGUUAUUUUUUUAUAUGUUUUGACCAGUAAGUCCCUCAUCAUUAUGUUGUGAUUUGAUUAUGAGCCUUAUUAUUUUAAAAUAUAAAUUUUACCAUUGUUACAUAUUUGUUUUAAAGAAAUGGAGUUGCUUACAUCUAUUUAAAUCUGCCUUUAAAAACAUAAAUAAAUGAAGCAUUGUGAGAGUGCUCAGAUCUCAUUGUGCACUUACAAAAUAUAUAUGUAAAUAGGAUUCUUUGUCAUUAAAUUACAAACAUGUUUUAAAAAUAAUCUUCUUGGCAAUGAAGUUAUUGCCACCUCAGCUAUUGUUAGAACUGUUUCAUAAUGUCUCAACUGUGUUGUGAUGCUCUCAUUAGAAUAUUAGUUUUAGGUCACAGAAUGUAUGGAAGAAAUGGUCACUGGCCCAAUUUAAAAUUCAAUUUUUUAAAUUCUCCAAUACAAUAAAGUAUUGAUGUUUUUUCAUUAAGCCCCUAUAAACACUGCAUUUGAAGCAAAAAAAGUUUUAAAUUAAAUUUUGAUCCAUACACCCGAUAAUAAUUUAUAUUUUUUACCUAUUGUUUUAUAAUUCUAUAAAGAAUAAAAAAUCCUUUGCAUUCUAUUUCAAAUUAAAAAAUUGUUAUUAAGAUUGAAAUGUAUCUACAGUUUUACAGUUUGGGUAUAGUUCAAAUAAUUGUUUGUAGUAAUGUUAAUACUAGUACUCCACACUCCCUUCUAAUUUUUUCAUACAAAUAAAUUGAUGUGUUUUGUUUCAAUGAUUAUUUUAUUAAUUUUUUUACAAUGAAAUUUAUAUUUUUAUAUAUACAUAAAUGUUAGAAAAUGUGACUACAUCUAAGGUUGUAUAAUGCAUUUGACUGUGUUCAUAAAACUAUAUUUACUUGGUUUUUGUC